CGCAUCUCAACACUCUUUCCUUUGCUAUGCGCAUGCGCGGCACUCGUUCUCUCUAUUUUUUGCCUCUUCGCCGGCCACAAGCCGGGCUUCUUGGAAGAAUACCAUAUCAUUACUCUCAACACUUCUACACUUGGCCACAAUAUUAUCCCCACAACAGCCCCUUCUUCAGGCUCUACCCCUUCUCUGGGGUCUAUCUUCGGCAGCAUCGCCCGCGAUUUCCACAGCUCCAUUGGAGGAGAAAUCGGGAGCGACUUGAAUAGCGUAAUCGGGCAUGUUACCGAUCAGCUUGCUGCGGAGUUGGGAAUCCAGCAGUGGUAUAGUAUGCAUCUGAUGGGUAUGUGUGAGGGAACAUACAGCCCGGACGCUACCACGCCAGGCACACAGCUAAAUGUCUCGUCUUGCACCAAGCCGACGGCGAUGUACCAUUUUGAUAUUUCCGAUCAGCUUAGCAAGGAGCUCCAGCUUGGAAAGCUACACUUCGACCUCUCUGCCAUCGGCUGGCCAUCGGACAUCCAAAAUGGUCUAAAUAAUCUGAGCACUGCACUCGAUACAUUAUUCGUCCUCUAUACUGUAGGAGCCACCGCUACUGGUCUUGUUAUCCUAGGCACACUCAUUACGCUGGUCACGCCCACCUCGCGUUUUGCUCUGUUCUACAACUGGGGAUUGAUAUCUCUGUCAUUUCUCUCACUCCUAAUCGCGUCGGCUGUCAUCACUAUAGUGCAGAUAAAGGCCGUAGGGCUUAUCAACAGAUAUGGCAACGAGAUUGGCGUGUAUGCGUACAAAGGAAACAAGUACAUGUUCCUCACAUGGGCAGCUGUGGUAGUUAUGCUCCUGGCCGGGGUG